GGUCUUAUCCCUGAAGCGGGAUAGGCAUGGCCGGUUCUUGCCUGCAGCAUUACCAGUGAGGAUUGGGUCACAACCCCCCCCCAAGUUCUUGCGGGCAAAUGAGGUGCAAAGGAGAACUGAACUCUCCACAGGGAGCGAGAAGGGCCAAGCGACGGCUUCCCAGCGGGUCCCAAUGAAGCCCUGCAAGAAAAGCGGCCACAACCAGAUGACUUGAAACUAGUCGCAACCGGGGUUGCCUUUGCCUUCCCCUACCCCCAGGAUGCUGCUGGAGCUCCUCUCAGUGUGGCUGCUGAGCUGUUUGAUCAGCUUGUGCCACGGCUAUUUCGAUGGCCUGCUUUAUCCAGAGAUGUCCAAUGGGACGUUGCAUCACUAUCUCGUGCCCACCAACUCAGAGAAGUCUCUGGGGCAGCUGGAAAACAAGUUUCGGCACGGCCGGGAACACGAGAGCCACGAGGAGAGCCGCCUCAACGACGACUUCCUGGGAAUGCUGGAACAUGCGCGAGCCCUCCUCAAGGAGAUGCUGACUGUCUCGGCCGGCCUGCGGGAGACGUACAAGCUCCUUGCGCUCACUGUCCAGAGCCAUGGCACCCACCUCAGCCGCCUCAAGACAGAGUAUCUCAAGGGCUAAGUGGGACCGGGUGCCUUGCUGGGCUUCGAGCGACCCUCUCCCCCUCUCAAUGGCUGGCCACACUUCCCCACGGAUGGACGGACUUUCCUUCAUCACAUGCUAACUGGGCAUGGGAGGAGCUGGAAGUCAGGUAAGACACACGUCUCGCUUCUCUGCCAUGUCUUACCUGACUUCCAGCUCCUGUCAUGCCCGGCAAGGGAGGGAGAAAAGACAGUAAGGGGACCUCCAUCUCGCUCCAUGCAUCUCGUUUCUCCGCUGCCCCACCAUUCCCCACCUUCCACUCCCCCUCGCCGGCUGAAAUCAGCAAGCCAGAUUUGGGGAGCCAUCACACAGGAGGAGGAAAACAUCAGAAAUGGGCUCUCUCGCAGCGCCUCCUCUCUCUCUUCUUCUCCCAAAUGGCAGCAGUGCGUCCAGCUCAACAAAUCUGGCCUGCUGAUCUCGGGUGGCAGCGGCUCUGAUGUUCCCCCUCCCUUCCCCCUGCACAUAUGUCUAAGUAUUUGGGGGAGGGCUUAUUUUCAGGGGGGAUAUUUUAGCACAUGCACUCGAAAACCCAAUUGGGCUUAUUAUCAGGACAUGUCUUAGUUUCGGGAAAACACGAUAAUCAUAAAUGUUUUCUCUUGGGAUACAAAUGGAAUGCAAAUGAAGGAUAACGCUUCUCAAAUGCAAUCAAAUUUGAGCAAGAACUCAUUAUCAAAUAGUGAUAGAGAUAGGAAGCAGUUUUUCUUCCACUAUUGUAUUUGAUGUCAUCCUACAGUGCUUUCCUUAAGUAAUAUUUGGCUUUUUAAGAUCUGUUUCACUGGAGAUUUGACAUAAUUUCACUCUAGAAUAUAUUUAUCAAAGAAAUAUAUUUGUAUUCGUAACUUUGAGUUCACAGUUCAGAUAGCUUAGUUUGAAGGGUAUCCCCACAUCACUAUUUGAUCAGAUUUAACUAAAGCUUUAAAUUUCUUUAUGACUAUAAAGUACCUAGUACUCAGUUGAUGGGCUGCUUGUUUGCUAAUUCUUAUUUUGUAGGGAUUAUUACAUCCAGUAAGGAAAGGAUCUGUUAAAUAGAUAUAUUACUGGAAUAUUUAUGGGCUGUUGUUAACUUUGUUCUACAUUUCUUUUGAUACAAUUAAGGAAAGUUAUGGCUACUGCUUGCAUAUGAUAGAAAUUGUUUGCUAGAUGAUCUGGAAAAUAUCAGAUUUGCAAGGGUUUUAUAUUUUACCAAGGAUUACUAUGAUCAGUUUGAUUUAUUUAAUAUUUAAAUAAGGGAUUACAGGCAGUAGCAAAAGCAAUGCACCUAAAUAUAUAAAUAUUCGUAAAUUUAAAAAUGCCAGUUUCAAGUCAUACACUCAAAGUA